AUGGCUAGCGGGCGGAUGGGGUGGCGCGCAUGUGCCGCCCUAUCGACCGGCGCCUUACGUAACGCCGUUCGUUCACCCCGCCCGGCCGGCGUGCUGUCCGAAAAAACCAGAUACGAGCCGCCAUCGAUCCAGGGGUCCCCGGGAAUCGGGCUCGAACUGGGCUCCCGUCGCCCCCUCGCGGGUUGCCGCGCGAUUCCGCACCUUAUCCAACUAGAAAUAGGACCGACCCCCGCCCACCCCUGGAGCUGCGCUCACGAGAGCGAUCCUGACACAGUCUCCCCCCCCUCCCCCUCCCCCCAGGUGCCUGGUCGAUACGCGUGGGGGGCGCCCCCGUUCCGCCACCAUCCAACCUCCCCCCACCCGUAUCAAGCGCCGAGGUACGCCCCGCCAAUCCGUUUCCAUCCCGUAGCGUGUUCCCGUUUCGUUCUGCAA